CGCCCGCUUCCCCUCCCCCGGCUCCCAUCAUCACCAACUGGAAUCUGGGCUCUCCUGCCUCUCCACCCCCCCUUUUUUUUUUGAGAAAGGAAGGUCCUCCCCCACCCCCUUUCCAGCACCACUUCCUUGGGCUCCUUCACCUCUAGGAAAUCUCAGGGCUUGGCUCUAUGGAGAAGCGCUCCUCGGGUCAGGCUGCCUCUCCGAACCCGGCAUCCAGCGGUGCUGGCGUCCAAAUGCAUUUCCUUCUGCUCUGCAAAGAGUCGUAGUGAACUUCCCAACCCUGGAGACUGAUCCAUCUAUCCUGCCUUGCAGGAAAGGGAACCCCUCAGACCCUCGACACCCGCCACCCCUCUCCGGACACUGCCAUCGCGGAGGCGCUCAGAGCCGGAAGGGGACGCUUUGGGAAUGACCAUGCUCCACGGAGGGACGGAGCCGACCCCCAGCCUCUCCACACAGAGACUCCUCUGCUAAAGCUCCAAAAAUAAAACAAAAAAACCAGAAAACCGUAAUUGCCAGAAGACUCCUUAAAUGUAUAUAUUCGGGCCACUAACCUCACAUGCACAUGGAAUAAUGACUCUGGAUUCUGCAUUGUGAGCUGCUUUCCACACCCUGAGAUUCCCUUUUGCAUUAAUUUUUUCUUUGAAUUUGCAUCUCUUCAAGACACAAGAUUCAAACAAAAUUUAUGCUACAUUGGAUUUUAAAUCUCUUCCGUUCCUUUAUUCUCCGUCUUUCUUAUGUGGAUAUGCAAGCGAGAAGAGGACCCUGGAUAUUCCCAACAUGCUCUCUCCCUUAAUCUGUCCGCCUAGAGGUUUGGCUUCUACAAACCAAGAGAGUGGACAAGCUGAAGAUGAAGCCCAGCGCAGAGUGCUGUUCUCCCAAGUUCUGGUUGGUGUUGGCUGUCCUGGCCGUGUCCGGCAGCAAAGCUCGCUCCCAAAAGAGCCCCCCCAGCAUCGGCAUCGCGGUCAUCCUCGUGGGCACUUCAGACGAAGUGGCCAUAAAAGACGCCCACGAGAAAGAUGACUUCCAUCAUCUCUCAGUAGUUCCCCGGGUGGAGCUGGUAGCCAUGAACGAAACUGACCCAAAGAGCAUCAUCACCCGCAUCUGCGAUCUUAUGUCCGACCGGAAGAUCCAGGGGGUGGUGUUCGCUGAUGACACUGACCAGGAAGCCAUCGCCCAGAUCCUCGAUUUCAUUUCUGCUCAGACUCUCACCCCUAUCCUGGGCAUCCAUGGGGGCUCAUCUAUGAUCAUGGCAGAUAAGGAUGAGUCCUCCAUGUUCUUCCAGUUCGGCCCAUCCAUUGAGCAGCAAGCUUCUGUCAUGCUCAACAUCAUGGAAGAAUACGACUGGUACAUCUUCUCCAUCGUCACCACCUACUUCCCUGGCUACCAGGACUUUGUGAACAAGAUCCGCAGUACUAUCGAGAACAGCUUCGUGGGCUGGGAGCUGGAGGAAGUCCUCCUGCUAGACAUGUCUCUAGACGACGGCGACUCGAAGAUCCAGAACCAGCUGAAGAAGCUCCAGAGCCCCAUCAUCCUUCUCUAUUGCACGAAGGAGGAGGCCACCUACAUAUUUGAGGUAGCUAACUCGGUCGGGCUGACAGGCUAUGGCUACACAUGGAUCGUGCCCAGUCUGGUGGCGGGGGAUACAGACACGGUGCCCUCCGAGUUCCCCACCGGGCUUAUCUCUGUGUCCUAUGAUGAAUGGGACUACGGCCUUCCUGCCAGAGUGAGAGAUGGGAUUGCCAUCAUCACCACUGCUGCUUCCGACAUGCUGUCUGAACACAGUUUCAUCCCUGAGCCCAAGAGCAGUUGUUACAACACCCACGAGAAGAGGAUCUACCAGUCGAACAUGCUGAAUAGGUAUCUGAUCAAUGUCACUUUUGAGGGGAGAAACCUGUCCUUCAGUGAAGAUGGCUACCAGAUGCAUCCGAAGCUGGUGAUAAUCCUUCUGAACAAGGAGAGGAAGUGGGAGAGGGUGGGGAAAUGGAAAGACAAGUCCCUUCAGAUGAAAUACUAUGUGUGGCCUCGAAUGUGUCCUGAGACUGAAGAGCAGGAAGAUGACCACUUGAGCAUCGUGACCUUGGAGGAGGCUCCAUUUGUCAUUGUGGAAAGUGUGGACCCUCUCAGUGGAACCUGUAUGAGGAAUACAGUCCCCUGCCAGAAGCGCAUCAUCUCUGAGAAUAAAACAGAUGAGGAGCCAGGCUACAUCAAAAAAUGCUGCAAGGGGUUCUGUAUUGAUAUCCUUAAGAAAAUUUCUAAGUCUGUGAAGUUCACCUAUGACCUUUACCUGGUGACCAAUGGCAAGCAUGGAAAGAAAAUCAAUGGGACCUGGAAUGGCAUGAUUGGUGAGGUGGUCAUGAAGAGGGCAUACAUGGCAGUGGGGUCACUAACUAUCAAUGAAGAACGAUCAGAGGUUGUUGACUUCUCUGUGCCCUUCAUAGAGACUGGUAUCAGUGUCAUGGUAUCACGCAGCAAUGGGACUGUGUCACCUUCUGCCUUCUUAGAGCCAUUCAGUGCUGACGUGUGGGUAAUGAUGUUUGUGAUGCUGCUCAUUGUCUCUGCUGUGGCUGUCUUUGUCUUUGAAUACUUCAGCCCUGUGGGUUACAACAGGUGCCUCGCUGAUGGCAGAGAGCCAGGCGGCCCAUCUUUCACCAUUGGCAAAGCAAUUUGGUUACUCUGGGGUCUGGUGUUCAACAACUCCGUACCUGUGCAGAACCCAAAGGGGACCACCUCCAAGAUCAUGGUGUCAGUGUGGGCCUUCUUUGCUGUCAUUUUCCUGGCCAGCUACACUGCCAACUUAGCAGCCUUCAUGAUCCAAGAGGAGUAUGUGGACCAGGUUUCUGGCCUGAGUGACAAGAAGUUCCAGAGGCCUAAUGACUUUUCACCCCCUUUCCGCUUUGGGACUGUGCCCAAUGGCAGCACAGAGAGGAAUAUCCGCAAUAACUAUGCAGAAAUGCAUGCCUACAUGGGAAAGUUCAACCAAAGGGGUGUAGAUGAUGCAUUGCUCUCCCUGAAAACGGGGAAGCUCGAUGCUUUCAUCUAUGAUGCAGCUGUGCUCAACUACAUGGCCGGAAGAGAUGAAGGCUGCAAGCUGGUGACCAUUGGCAGUGGCAAGGUCUUUGCUUCUACUGGCUAUGGCAUUGCCAUCCAGAAAGAUUCUGGGUGGAAGCGCCAAGUGGACCUUGCUAUUCUGCAGCUAUUUGGAGAUGGGGAGAUGGAAGAACUGGAAGCUCUCUGGCUCACUGGCAUUUGCCACAAUGAAAAGAAUGAGGUUAUGAGCAGCCAGCUGGACAUCGACAACAUGGCAGGCGUCUUCUAUAUGCUGGGGGCAGCUAUGGCUCUCAGCCUCAUCACCUUCAUCUGUGAACAUCUGUUCUAUUGGCAGUUCCGACAUUGUUUCAUGGGUGUCUGUUCUGGCAAGCCUGGCAUGGUCUUCUCCAUCAGCAGAGGCAUCUACAGCUGCAUCCAUGGAGUAGCUAUAGAGGAGCGCCAAUCUGUGAUGAACUCCCCCACCGCUACCAUGAACAACACACACUCCAACAUCCUGCGCCUGCUCCGCACAGCCAAGAAUAUGGCCAACCUGUCUGGAGUAAACGGCUCCCCUCAGAGUGCCCUGGACUUCAUCCGACGAGAGUCCUCUGUCUAUGACAUCUCUGAGCAUCGUCGCAGCUUCACACAUUCAGAUUGCAAGUCUUACAACAACCCCCCCUGUGAGGAAAACCUGUUCAGUGACUACAUUAGCGAGGUAGAGAGGACAUUCGGUAACCUGCAGCUGAAGGACAGCAACGUGUACCAAGACCACUAUCACCAUCACCACCGACCACACAGCAUUGGCAGCACCAGCUCCAUUGACGGGCUCUACGACUGUGACAACCCACCCUUUACCACCCAGCCCCGGUCAAUCAGCAAGAAACCCCUGGACAUCGGCCUGCCCUCCUCCAAACACAGCCAGCUCAGUGACCUGUAUGGCAAAUUCUCCUUCAAGAGUGACCGCUACAGUGGCCAUGAUGAUUUGAUUCGAUCGGAUGUCUCGGACAUCUCCACACACACUGUCACCUAUGGAAACAUUGAGGGUAACGCAGCCAAGAGGAGGAAGCAGCAAUACAAGGACAGUCUGAAGAAGCGGCCAGCCUCGGCCAAGUCUAGGCGGGAGUUUGAUGAAAUUGAGCUGGCCUACCGUCGCCGACCACCCCGCUCCCCGGACCACAAGCGCUACUUCAGGGACAAAGAAGGGCUGCGAGACUUCUACCUGGACCAGUUCCGAACAAAGGAGAACUCGCCUCACUGGGAGCAUGUGGACUUGACCGACAUUUACAAAGAACGGAGUGAUGACUUCAAGCGAGAUUCGGUCAGUGGAGGUGGGCCCUGUACCAACAGGUCUCACCUCAAACAUGGAACAGGCGAUAAACAUGGCGUGGUAGGUGGGGUGCCAGCUCCUUGGGAGAAGAAUCUGACCAAUGUAGAUUGGGAGGACCGGUCUGGGGGCAACUUCUGCCGCAGCUGUCCCUCCAAGCUGCACAAUUAUUCCUCUACAGUGGCAGGGCAGAACUCGGGACGGCAGGCCUGCAUCAGGUGUGAGGCCUGCAAGAAGGCUGGUAACCUGUACGACAUCAGCGAGGACAACUCCCUGCAGGAACUGGACCAGCCGGCUGCCCCCGUGGCUGUGACAUCCAAUGCCUCCACCACCAAGUACCCUCAAAGCCCGACCAAUUCCAAGGCCCAGAAGAAGAAUCGGAACAAACUACGCCGGCAGCACUCUUACGACACCUUCGUGGACCUGCAGAAGGAGGAGGCCGCCUUGGCCCCGCGCAGCGUGAGCCUGAAAGACAAGGGCCGGUUCAUGGAUGGGAGCCCCUACGCCCACAUGUUUGAGAUGCCAGCUGGUGAGAGUUCCUUUGCCAACAACAAGUCCUCAGUGCCCACUGCCGGACACCACCACAACAACCCUGGCGGCGGCUACAUGCUCAGCAAGUCGCUCUACCCUGACCGGGUCACGCAAAACCCUUUCAUCCCCACUUUUGGGGAUGACCAGUGCUUGCUUCACGGCAGCAAAUCCUACUUCUUCAGGCAGCCCACGGUGGCAGGGGCAUCGAAAACAAGGCCGGACUUCCGGGCCCUUGUCACCAAUAAGCCCGUGGUGUCGGCCCUUCAUGGGGCUGUGCCUGCUCGUUUCCAGAAGGACAUUUGUAUAGGGAACCAGUCCAACCCCUGUGUGCCUAACAACAAAAACCCCAGGGCUUUCAAUGGCUCCAGCAAUGGACAUGUUUAUGAGAAACUUUCUAGUAUUGAGUCUGAUGUCUGAGUGAGGGAAGAGAGAGAGAGAGAGGUUAAGGUGGGUACGGGAGGGAUAGGGCUGUGGGCCGCGUGGUGCGCAUGUCAUGGAAAGAGUUGGGGGUGAACUUGGCUCCCAUUUGCUUUUUCUUGUUCUUUUCAUUUCUCUAUGGGAUCCUGGAGUUCUGGUUCCUACUGAAGGCGACCCUCGUGGCCAGCACCGUUCCUCCUCCCUCGCACAGUUCUCUUCCCCCGCAUCUGUCCACCAUCCCUGUUCCCCUGAGAGGAUAGAACUGGCCUCAGUGUGGGAGGAUGGAGAGGCGACAGGAAGGGCUGCCUGUGUGCUUCUUCCUAGCGUGGAAGUUCUCUGAGCACUAUGAGGGAGGCUUUCCUGAAGCUGCUCUUUGUUCAGGCGAGGAAGUGAAGGUAGGCCAUUGGGCCUCCUGCUCGGAAGAGAGAAGAGGCUUUUUGCUGAGUUCUUGCUGCAUGGUUGGCAGCUGCCUAGGGGCCCUGUAACAAGCAGAGGGCAGGAAGUUCUUCUGUGCUUAUAUAUAAGCCAAAUAAAAAGUUUGCUUCAGCUCCGUCAAACUCUUAGGUGGUAAACCAAGAGGGGAAGGCCAUUGGAAGAUGAGGGAUUCCUGAGCGAAUUGGAGAGUGCACUGCAAUAGUGCCCUAGGGUGCGUUGGAGGCAAAAUAGGGCAUUGUGUGUGCACAGAUGUCCAUGUGCACCUGCCCUCUCCUAUAGUCAGGUGCCUCUGAAUAUACAGAAGGGAGCCUUGAUGCACCACUUCCACCCACAUGCUUAAGUAAUGUGCUUGCUUUGGCUUAUAUAUAAACUGAUGUCAUAAGUGACCUGACUUUGGGCUAUCUCUUCCUUUUCCCUUCUUGAGAGAGGACAGAGGUUCUUGACAAAGAAGAUUCUAUAUUGUAGGGGGGAAAUGACAGAGGAAAAUGGUAGGCACUGAGACAACCCUACAAACUAGAUUGUCAGUGUUGCCUGCAGUUUCUAUCACCUUGGACAAAGAACUUUCCAGUAAGGCUUAAGGGAAAUAGAAGCAGCCAUGAAUCUUUUAUCCAGACUCAGAGCAGAACAUUCUAGAAAACUCUUUUAGGCAUUUAGCCCCUUGCCUGGCUGAGGUUUGAGGAAGAACUCUCCACAGAAGGCUUUGAAGGAGAGAAUCAUUUACGGUAGGGUAAGUGAGAGAGGGGGAUGUUUCCAAUGCUUUGAUCCCUUCUUACUUAACCUAGAGCCGAAAGAGUAGGCAGAUUCCCCCAGAACCGGUGAUGAGUGACAGGGGACAGAUGAAGGAGAGAAGUGAGCUUGUCCUCAAGGGAAGCCGGAGAGAAUGAAGGAGAUUUGGAAUAUGACUUGAACUAAUGAGAUCACUCCUGAUAGAACCUUUCUUUUCUGCAACCCCCAGUUCCCUCUCAGAUUAUACCACUCAACAGUAAAUGUGCGUGUGCAUGUGUGUGUGUGAGAGUGUGUGUGUGAGUGAGUGUGUACGUGAGUGUGUGUAUGGAAAACUCCAGGGAUGGGGGUGCUGGCAGGUGUGAUGCCCCCUCACUUUAAGUUGGAAAUUUAAAAAGGGAAAUGAAUAUUUGUGUCGCUGCCUGAAACUUGGGGUAGGGGUGUUCCAUGGGUCAGUUCCACUGUCCUGCCGUCCCUUCACACAUGGUGGCAUCCAAAGAGCCCUGGGUCUGUUUGGAAGCUUGACUGCAGGACCGCCUUGUCGCACACAGGACACAUAAACCAGAAAGGUGCUCAUCCUCCUCUGGAACGAAGCUGCCAUGUCUCUUCACGCCACACCCUCCAGGGCUGCUCUUUGCCUUCCUGGUCGCCCUGCCUCACGACCUUCCCUCAUCUCCCAUCCUCGACUGCUGUCUCCCACCUCCCUCCUUGAUUUUUUACCUCAGUAUCUUUCAUUUAAAAGUCAACUGGAGGCCUUGUUUUCUUUCUAAAAUGAACGUGGGGGCAAGGGGCUGAACCUCUCAACAGUUUGGAGACAGGAGCGUGGAGUGCUUUACUUUAGGUUCCAGGAAAGACUCUGAGAGAGGACCGAGGGUGUGAGGCGACUCCCGGAGGAAGGAGAAGGGCCAUAGAAACAUUGCUUCACUCUGGCUCUGUCCAAGGGCCAGGGGCUCAUCCCUCACCCUUCCUCUUACCUCACCCCUUUAAAAUUAAAAAAAGAAAAAAAAAACCAAACCAACUAACCUAGCGAACAGCAAUCUAGAAAGCAGGGGGCUCUGGUGGUCUCCACGGGCCACAGAAAUCAAGAUGGUGUUUAUUUCAGAUGUAAAUAUUUUGUUUUAUAAUUAAUUUUGUAUAGAUAAAGUGUUCUCCUGUGAGUAUUCAGGGUGUUGAGCUGGAGGGAGCGGGGAGGGGAUGGGAAUGAGGGGGGAAUUAUUUCGUUACGGGUUUUCAUUUUCUGUUGGGAGGAAUUGUUUGUAUGGCCUUUGCUUCAGAGUGUCUGGAAAAAGUUAAUGGGAACAGAAGCCACAAUGGUGAACAAGCCAGGGGAAAGUCAUUUAUGUCCAUGCCCCAUCUCCCAAACCUGUCUUCCUGCUGGUUUGUGAGAAGUGAUCAUGUACUUUGGCCUGAGUUUUGCAGGGUCCAAAUCAGCACUAAGCAAAACUUGGCCUGCCUCUUGUCUUCUAGGGAGACCAUAGGACACCAUCACUCUGUCAAAGACAAACUGGUGGCAUACGAUUUUUCCUUGUCAGUACCUGGGCUUGCAAAGGUUCCCCAAAGGGCUUGAAAAAGAAUUGAGGUCCAGUUACCUCCCAUUCUUGACGUGGCUGAGAGGUUUCCAGAAGCUAGAUUCUGAGAAAUCUCACAGCAGCCUUCUCUGAUGCUUAACCAUCAUCCUACCAUUCUGAUACAUCAUGCUCUAGAACCUGACCACCCCAUCCCCCUAUCUGUGCCCACCUAUAGAAAUGACCACUUCAGGCACACCCAAGAAAUACCAUGAAUUCUGCCUCAGUAUGUGGUUUCAGGCUGUACAGGGAUAGCAAUGGAUACAAGAGGUCUUAGAGAUUUACAUGCUUUUCUAGAAAAGGUCACCAGAUCCCCUCAAAACUCAUUAGCCUAGCAAGGAAGCUAAAAUCAGUUUCAGAGGAGGGAAGUGGCUAUGUGAGGGACAGUACCAAUGGUGGCUUUAUAGUUGCCUUGUUCUUACUGCCAUCAGGAGGGUGCUAUUUUGUUCAAGUUCGGUGUCUCAAAUCUGAUUUGAGAUUAACCAGACAAAUAAAAUCUCUCUCACUGGAUUGUUGGCUUUGUGAAAGAUAGCAGCAGCCUCUCUCUCUCUCUCUCUCUCUCUCUCUCUCUCUCUCUCUCUCUCUCUCUCUCUCUCUCUCCCCUUCCCUCCCUCCCUCCUUCCCUCCCUCUCGUGCUCUCUCUCUCUCUCUCUCUUUCGUUCACUCUCACUCUCUCAUUCUUAAAUUGAUAUUUCCCCCCUAUCCUCCCGCCCACAGAGGCUGCCUGAGAGAUAACUUAACUAUUCUAAACCCCUCAUUUGGCCUCAAUUGACCAUCUUUCUCCAACUGGGUUCUUGAAUUGGGACCAAAGUAAGAUAUUCAAGGCCUGCUCUAGAAAGAAUAAGGAUAUGAUGAAGUCUGUCAAGUUUUAUAUGUGAAAUUCCAUAAUAGCAAGUCAGUUGAAUACAUAAGGAAGAAUCCAGCAGCUGUUCCCAUCUCCAUCUCUGAUGGAUCUGGACCAAGACCCAAUCCAUCCAAAACUGUGAGGUUCUGCAGAGCCCCGAGGAGCAUCUUGUGUUCCACGGUGCCCUUCAGAAUCCAUGCUUGCUUUCACAAGUGCUCCCUCCCAUUGUGGAGGUGGGUUGAUGGAUGUGGUCCCGCAUCACUCUUCUUAGUGGCAAGGCUGACACGUCAGCAUGUCCAGUGACCUCAACAAUCUGACCCUUGAAUUUGCCUGAAUGAAGAUGUGCACACCCUUUCAGAGUGCUGCAUGUACAUGGACCUUGUUAUUUCCAAGUUGUCACUGUGUAUCCUCAGCCAGAACUUGGGAGAGCAUCCUUCAUGUGUAUUCCCUGGUACUGGCCACAGCCAUUUUGUGAUUGGGGACAAAAAGUCCCAGAUGAUCCCAUUAAAUGUUGGUGGUGUCAGUAGUGCCCAAACGCAUGUGUAAAAUAGGAGUCCUCUAUACAGUGACGUGAAUAUCACUUGCCCAGUCUUCCAUGGCCAUCAGGAAUUGCCCCAGGGAGAUUUCUCUGCAGAGUGCUGGUCACCUGCACCUCUCAUUUAAGAGCUAGGGUUUCUUUUGGGUUUUUUUGUUUGUUUGUUUUUUGUUUUUAAUUAGUUCAAGAUUUAGAGAAAGAUUAACUGGAAUGUUUAGGCAAAAGCCUUUGGAAAAGCUAUUCCUGAACUCACUUUAUUAUUGUUUUGUUUUUUAUCGCCAUCUCUGAAAAGGCCCUGUCCUUGCUUGGCACCCUGUGUGAGUCUGCUUUGGUGUGCUAGGAGUGAUUCAGAUGUGCGCAUAAAUGAUGCAAUGGCAGCUUAUUUGGUGAAUGUGGUCGGUGUUUCUGGGCAUUGUGGCCAUACUAUCUGUUCCCAAAGCCAUAUAGAAAAUGCGUGAUCCGGAGGCUGCUGAAACACUAUGGUAUUGUUGCCUUCGCUUUCUUCACCUUGAUAUCAGAGAGCAUUCUUGCUGUCUAAGGAGUUCUUUAGGGGCAAGAAGCACCCUGGGCAGCUCUGUCCCACUGGAGUGGCUCUGGCCUCACCAAUGGCAAAUGGCCUGUGACUUGCUUUCCAGAUCCUGGAAGAGCCCACCAACUGUUGGCUUCCCAGGCAGAUUGACUCCAUUAGGGCUGAGCUGUCCAUCUGCUGUUGAAGUGAAAUCAUUCCCAGGAAGAGUGACACACUAAGCCAUAUUAGGGAUUUGUACAUUUAAACACCUAAUCUACAUUAGGAUUUUCAUUCCUUUUCCUGGGAAUAAGUACAAUAAUGCAGCAGGAGAAAGCAACACGGGCAUCCUGAGCAGCAGGACAGGGAGAAAGGAUAAAGGGUCCAGAAGACUAGUCAUUUAAGCCGUGUUCCGUCUCUACCUGUGUAGUGAAGGCCCAUGGGGACCCUGGAUUAGGAGUUCUACCUGUUGUUUAUUUUCAGCACACAGUCACAUACAUGGUUUAUAGAUAGCUAAAUUCUACACUGUAUAGGGCAGGUAAGAAUUGUGACCCAGGAAACAAAAGACAGGCACAUUUCCUCAAAUGCAGGAUGCUGAGCGGAGAGUGGCAAAGAAAAAUGUCCAUUCAUAUUUAGUAUAUAAUCUGUUAGUAUAUUAUAAAAAGCAUGCAUUAUCUGUUCUCUGUUCUAGGCCAAGUAAUCUGCCAGUUCACUGAUUUGCCUGCAAUCUAAACAUGCCUAGUCUCCUUUCCCAUAGUCUCUGUGAAGGAGCCAGUUGACCCUCAGGUACAGUUUAACCUGGGGGCCUAUGUUACGGUUGGGUCAAUGUUAAAAUGCUCAUUUGUCAUCCUGAGAACUUGUAACAUUGAUCUGAGUCUAGAAGUCCAUCAAGUUUGGGGAGGUAGCCAUAUGUAAGGCCACAGGCUGAAUGAACACAUCCUACCCUCAUCCCAUUCUCACAUUUGCUCAGUCACAUGAGGUCCCUGUGAGUUCUGUGGCCUGGAUGUAAGCUAUCUGCUCCCACAAGACAGCCUCUGUCAAAGCCUUGAGUGAAAGUCCAUGCUUUUCCCAUGCCUCGAAGAGACUGGUGAUAUUCAGGUGCUGUAGGUAGCAGUACAGAGGCAAGGAGAAAAACUUUGCUCAGAGAGUAUCGGGUUACCCUAGCAAUGCUGGAAAUGGGUGGGAAAUGGUAGGAACCUGGUGUAUUUCGCUGCCGCGGUAUCCUUGUUCAGUGAUGUCAGAACUAAUCAUUGUGAGCUGCUGGUGAUGUUCCAUAUCCUGCAUCUGCUGGUGUGACUGGGGCUGGCAGUGCCAAUGGGAACUGAGAAUGGAAAGUAGAGUGGACGGGAGAGUUCCUCACAGCCCUGGGAUGCUGGUGUACAGAAUCCGCUUUGGCAAAUUCAAAAGUGGCACUUGGUACAAAGAUCAAGUUACAAUGAAGAAGCACAAUUCUAAGCCCAUUACGAAACUAUUAUUUUAAAGCUAUGACUUCCAACCUGAACUCUGUUUGUCAGUUAAUAAUUAUUUUAAGGUUGGGAGUUAAAGGGUGGUACAGAAAAAAAUAAAUUAAAAAGCUCUACAUAAAUAUGUUAGUUCAAUUAAACCAAUAUCUGUUGAGCAUUUACUAUGUCCUUAAGCUAGUGCUGAGAAAUACAUUAAAGAUUUUAAAAUGGAGUAUGUUAUACUCAUGUAGGAUAUUCAAAUGCAUAAGUAUAAAAAAUUUAAAUCUAUGUAUUAUGUAUAUAUUAAUAGGCUUACAUAAAUUUCUGUGAUUCCUCAUAUAGGUUUAAUAUUUUCAGGUUUCAGGGUUUGAAUCAAAGAUAUCCAUUAUGUUAUUGAACAAUACCACAGACAUUCAGCUCUCCACAUCAUAGCCAAGUCUUGACCACUUCUGGAAUUAUUACACAUUCUAAGCUAACACUCAGAGAUUCCCCCUCAGGUCACAGCCUUGCAUUUCCUUCACUCAUCUUUGCUAGCUUCUCAGCUGAGUGCUCUUUGUCUCUGUGUGCCAAACUCCUCUUUGAGAUCUUCUGAGGUACACUUCAGACAACAGGACUUCUCUCUGUCGCAGCUUUACUCCCUUGUACCCAGCUGCCUGUGUUCCUCUCCAAACAAAAUCUGGCAACAUCUGUAGGAACAAAUCUCUCCAUUCAAUUAGACCCUUGAAUCCCUGUCUAUCUCUGUUUAUCUUUGCUCUCCCAGCCUUCUCAAGUGGAUAGAAUUUCCUCAUAUCCAUACCCAAUGCUUACAACUUUGCAAUGAGUCUAAUCUGCUACUCACCUACAAACUCCAAACAGCAAUAUUUCAAUGAGUGUCUUGCUACAAACCCAACAGCAUUUUUUGUUCCCCUGAUAUUCACCCUUAGAUGUUCACCUGAGCUAACUUUUGGGAGAUGGUACAUACUGAUUUGGAUCUUAGCUCUCAGGUCCCCUAUGACCUCACUGACUUUUGCUUUUGCAACUGUCCAUGGUAAUUCCUCAUGAUCUUUCUGACUUCCACAACAUUUAUGGCUCUGAGUGAAGAUGAAUUUCAAAUCUUCACUCCUAAACCCUAAUUUUCUCUUCAACUUAAUGCAUAUAUUUCUGAUCACCUCACUUCAGAUUGACCUGAAUACCCCCCAUCUGCCUCUGCAAAUUGACUUAAUUAGCAAAUUCUCCUUCUGACUAGUGGGGCCAUUCCUGUCCUGUAACCACACUAAGGUUUUACCAGGAAUUUUUGCCUCCCUCAUGUCCCUGAUUUUGCACAUAUAAUCAUUUGGAAAACCUAUUUAUUGUCACUCUAAAGUUUCUCUGCCUCCCUUUUCAUUCAGGCUCUUCCCUCCCAUUGAUUAUUUCAGUGUUGCAUAUCAUUGUUCCAAGAGUUCAUAUUUCAGUCUGCUCUCACCAGCUUGUUUCCUAACUAUAGUUACUUCAUGUCAUCCCUAACCUCAGAAGACAAGUCUUUGAUGAGCCCCCCUUGCCGUGGCUUUCUAGCAAGUAGAACCUUAGUUCAUGCUCUUUGUCACAGGACAAUUAAAUUACAUACUUGUCCCUUAACAUUCCUUACCCAGAUAGAUUUACUUGUAUCUAAAACUUUUCUCUUUUCCCAAAAUGUCCUGCUCUGAACUUUCAUCUCCCAACUUUCUUGCAUAAUCCACUCCCUUUAUACAAGUCUUCAAAGACAAUAACAUAACUACAGCAUCUAUUUCCCUUCACAAUCUGUGCAGGGGAAAAAAAUUAGGCAUUUUACAAAUGCCCAUGACACUUUAAUCUUAUCUCCUGGGUGGCAACUGUCAGAGACCAUCUUCGUAAUUAUUUUAUUGUGCAUGUUAUCUUCCCUCUUAGAUUCAAAACAGGCCAUACAUUUACUAAUCUUUAUUUCCUCCAUCACCUAACAGGGUGUCUUGUACAUGAAGGGCACUAGUGAAUAUUUGAUAUUAUAAAUAAAGAUAGAAAAGGAGUUCACUUAUUUUACCCACAGGAUCCUUAAAUCUGCAGAAAUACCUAAGGAUGAGUUCUUCCCCCUACCAGCCCCAUGUUUCUCUUUUUCUCCAGAUACAGACUCAGUGAUGCACUAACAGGGCAUGUGAGCAUUUCCAUGUUGUCAUUUCCAAUGUGAAUUUGUGUUUUUCCAAGUUAUACUUCAUUCUCUGAAGUCCUACUUUGACUACUUUAUGGGUAUUACUGUGUCCCCACAGUGAUGAGUGCACACAAGGAUCAACUGUGAAGGAUAGUCAUCAAAUGUGAGGUAUCGGGAUCAUCCAGAUGCUGUGAGAAGAGAUGAUUCUAGACACAUUGCUGUCCUGAAUGAGUCUUGCAUGACCUAUGCUCAGAUUGACAGUUCUUUAUUCCAAGAGUUAGACAGUUUGGGUCAUUUAGAUAUUUUCACUAACAGAAGGGUCUUAUUGCAAUGCAAGCUUACUAAUCACACAGUCUUGUGAAUCUCAGGAAGCAAUCCAACAGGACCAGUGGAUUUCACUGAAUGCUGAAAGUUUACACCUUUGUAGGCCAGAUGUUGGGUCAGGGGCUGUAUGUUCUGCUUAUGCCCUUGUCUUAAUGGUGUUUCUUUCCUCACCCUUUCUGAUGCUUUAUGACAUUGAGUUUUUAAACAGAUCACCUCUGACAUAUACCUCAAGAGAAAAUACACCAAAGUUUCAAUGACUUGGUUGAGAGAGAAUUGUAAUGUCUCAAUUCCUCUUUUCUCUGUAAUUAUGAUUGGACUCAUUGCCCUAGAGGAAAGAGUAUUGCUUCUGGCCUGAUGGCCUCUUGUUCUCUGUUCUUCAUGCAGCCUUCACUUUUUCCCUUGGUUCCUUUAUUCUCUUAACACAUUUCACCUAUUUGUUCUAGUUAGUGUCUAUCUCCAUCUCUGGAGAAAAUCUUGGGCUAGUCCUGUCCUUUUACUUAAGCUGCUCUAGUACCAGAUAAUGCUCUCUUCCUUUCUCCUGGCCAGCCUCCUCUAUAAAUCUCAUGAUGUCAUUGGUCAUGAAUUAUUCUCCUUUGGGAGGCAUCUUCUGCCACUGAAUGCUAAUUUAAAGCAUACUAUAGUGAACCUAACUCAAAUACGCUACAGGCAAUGACAAGUUUGCUUUUCAAAAAUGCAGGCUGAGUUCAUUCUUCAUCAAGACAGGAAGGGGUAGGAGAUUAUUAUUGGCAAGCUGGGGUGAAACUUGGACAAUUUAGGAGGUAUCUAGUAAAAAUUAAAAUGUUAAAUCUAAAGGGAUUUUUUUUUCAGUUUUAAUAGCUGUAGAUAGUAUUGAUCCUAGCAAUGGGGAUAAUUAACAUUUUAGAGCAAAGUCCAUCUCAUGAUAAUAGGAGACACUUAUUUUAAGCAGGGAAACAGACUGACAUUAACUAGCAGAUGUGUUAAGAGGAUGCUGUUCCUUCAAAGAAGGCAUCCAUGAAAUUCUGAUGAACCUUAAAUGGACCAACAUCAUAUGGUUUUACAUGGUUAUUUUCUUUUAUAUAUUAUUGUACUCUAUUUUUUUACUUACCAGUACCUGUAAAGGAUGAUGAAGGCAAAGAACAAGAGGCCCACACUAAGACUUCCCUUCAUGUCACAAGUAGAGCUGGGGGCUUUGGUCCCUAACUUUGAGGGCCCCUUCAGGAAGAAGAAAACCCCCAAAGGACCAGACUUGAGGCUGAUAGCCUCCCAGAGUCCCAUUCCUUUGACCACAGCCAAUUUGCAAAAACUCAGCAUUGGAGCAUGAUUUCCGGGUGUCUUCCAGAUGAGGAUAGAAUUGUCCUUUUUGCUUACCCCGUUUGGUUGUAACCUGAGAGGCAGAAGCAAGGCAGAUUAGAAAUGAGGGGCAUAUGAAGCAUUUUUCAAGGGCCCAUUUCAAAGUUCUUGGGGACUUUAGGCUGUUUGAUCAAGUGCUAGAAAUUCCAGGGGAGGUGUCCAGAAAGAACACUGACCCUGCAGUAAGGGAGCUGGACCCAGCCUCAUCUGUGAGGUCCUAAAUGCUUACAGAAAGUCUGGUCACACGGCAUCCCUGAGUCAGCGUCCUAGUCCCUUGGAAGACACCCAGAGAGCUGUUGAUCACCACCCUGGGCAAAGAGGGUACAGCUUGUCCUACCAGCCUAGCUGUAGAAUGUUAACCUUCAUGAAUCUGUCCACUCUCUGCAGGAGGAGGCUCACAGUGCUAGCAUUGGACAGGAUCAGAGCUGCAGGGAAUGUGGUCCCAGGAAUGUGAAAGUGUGUUGUGGCUUACUUCCUUCAGACAAUGAUAUUACUUGUUUCCAAAAGGGAUUCUUUUUUCUUUAAAAACAAAACAAAGAAACAAAAAGCUAUGUCUUCCUGAAACUUCAGAAUAGUCUGUGUAGCUGCCAUCACCACAUUUUAAUUGUAAUUAUUUAAUUAAAUUAUCAAUAACCAUUUUCUUUUGAAAUCAGGGCCAUUUUAAUGUUCCCUUUGGAUGUGCUAAGACGCAUUGGCAAGCAAGAGACUACACCACUUUGUUGUCUCGGUCUGAGUUGUGUUUUCAGUCUUAUAAAUAGAUAUCAUGUUCUUCAUACAGUUCCAUGCAUUAAAUGAUCCCUUUGCCAUGAGUAUCCUCACAUUUGUGUUUCUAUCCACCACCCCUCAAACACACACAUAUGUCCACACAUGCACACACACACACACACACACACACACAAUAUUAUGAUGAGAAGUUGAGAUACAUAUAGAAUAUUAAUGUGUACAUGAUAGUGAAUUUUUCUAAACAAGAGCCUGACCAGUAUAAUUCUAUUAACACCCCCACUCUGUACAUUGAUGACCAAGAUGUACAUAACUUGGCAUCUUGAACCAGCAGAAAAAAAACAUUUUGUCACAGUCCUUGAGAAUCAUAGACAUUUUAAAUGCCCAGGGCAAUGAGUUCAAUUAUGUCUCAGGCAAAAGAAAUGGAUCACUAAGACAGGUGAAGGGCCAACACUUCAGCAUUCUUAGUUCAUGCCACAAAGAAGGUCCAGAGCACUUGCAGUUCCUAGAAUGAUGCCACUUGUCUUUUUGGAGAAGGAUGGUGUUUGUAAAGUCAAAAGUAACUCACUUAGAUCUUUACCAUUUUUGGCUCCUGGUAUGGAUAUGGGCUAAUUUACCAUCACCAUUUCUCCCGAUGGCCUCCUUGACAGGGUCACGUGAUGGUUUUGGUUGUACAGAUGAACACACAGACGCGCAAAUGCACUAAUAAAGUCAAAGCUUCCAUUGCAAACUGUCUGCACUUUGUACCACAGGCUAUCUCAUGUACCCUAGGCUAUCUCAGAAAGUCAUACUGCAUGAACUCUCCCACCCCAAGUUUUUAAUACCUAAUAGUGUAGGAAAGUCAUGAAAUCCAGGCAACUUGUUUAACCAAACCGUUUGCACAAAAUUCAUCUUCCCAGAUCCCCACCCUGCCCAUCUCCCAUAAUGCAUCAGUCUACAGAAAUCAAUCAAAUGGUGGAACAAAGCAGGAAUCUGCAAAUCAAAGAUAUAAAAGUCUCUGUAAUGAAGAAAAUUUGAAGAGCAAAUCAAAGUGUUUGAAUUUUGUAAGGUAAGACAUGAGGGAUAACUUUUAUUUUUCAAAAUUUUUAUACAGUGUGUGAGCAGCCCAAAUCUCCCAGACUGAUAACUUAGGAAGGAGGCCUUUUAAAAGUGUGUGUGAGGUGGUCCUGAAAUGUUGAAGUUGUCAGUAGUUUGGGCUAGCCCACAGGGAAGGCAACUUCAAGGCAGAAUCCUUUACAUUCUUUUCCAGGGUACUUGAAUCUAAUUUAGCCUGGUCCUAAUAUUAAGACAUGAGUCAAUUCUAGAAAUGUUAUGUAGACAUGUAGUGCAAUGAAUUUCUGACAAAAGACCUUGCAUCCCCCAGAACACUAAUAAAUAAUGAUUCUCUGUCUAAAUUAUUAUUUAGGAGAACAGUGCCAUCUGCAGCAAAUAGUUGUGAGACAUUGAUUUUGCCCCAAGAUUAUAGUGGUAAAUUGUUCAGCAACCACAGCUGAUGGACUCCCAUAGCUACCUUCUCUUGCAACGUAUCUGCUGACUGAUGAAUGGAACCAAGCUUGGGGGCGAAAUCCUGCCUUUCCAGAGGAUAGCAUCUUGAAUUUAUAUCUCAAGAGAGUUUGCUCCUUAUGCAGAACAGUCUGCUUAUACUAAAAACAGUGAAAUGCUCUACCUUCACAUAGGCUUUGACCAAUUUAAUUAGUCUAUCCUGUCCCAGAGAGGAUGCUGCAAAGUGUAGGGAGAAGAAGAAAUUACUCAUUCCCGUGUGUGCGGGGAGGAAUUGAGAACAGCUCAAUUGCUGUUGAAUGCUCCUCAAACUUAGCUUAGAAUCGAGUUGGUGACAAAAAGCGGUUCUCUCUCACCCUUUUGCCUCCUGAGAGCUGGUGUAAGAUCACAUUGGUAUGCAUAGAAAGCCGAGAAAGAGGGCAGUCGUAUUCUACCUUGAUGCCAUGAUGGCUUCAUCUUGCUUAGGAAUUUCAUUACCUCUAUCAUGAUGCUCCUUACUAACGUCACAAAGCCAAGAUCUGAUGGGUGUUGGAACAUCCUAUUCCCCUGAGAUGACCAUUCCUUCUCUGGUGCUAUACUCAUAUUCAUUGUGGGACACAACAGAAAUAAGAUCCAUAGGACCCUAAGGGCAUGGAUGGAGAAUUACUUAAUUGAAACCACAAAGCUCUUGUGCUUAAUAUUAAAUAUUAAAGUGGAAAUGAAAAAGGCAACCCUCAAGCACAGCUGCCCGCAGUGCAGAUUGGGAAAGCAUUAUGGGAAAAGUUUUAGAAAGCAAGUCCCCGUCUACCCAAGGCUGGAGCAAUCGAACUGAAAGUAUAUACAGAAUCAGGGUAGUUCAUAUUUUGAGGAUAUUGUAGCUGGUAUGGAUGCUUCCUGUGCAAAGACUGAAGUAGGUAAAAGUCAGUUUUGGAGCUUAGGACUCUCUCCUCAGAGCAGUGUCCACAUGAACCGAAUCCUCUUGCCACUGACCUUAUGGGCAGAACGUAAUUCCUCCUAUGCCAGGCUUCCCACUGGACAUUGAGCCCUGAGGUAACUCACAACCUUUCCUUGUCCUCAUGCCCUCUGUCACUUCUAUUAAAGAACAGUCCUUAAAGCCUGUUUGGGUAAGUCUUGUUGGAUGAGGCCAGUUACCUGGGUGGAAGUGAGAAAUAGGCAACGAGUUUCAAUACCAAGAAGAGAUGCCUCCUAGGAAAACAUACAUGCCUACUAAUUUCUAAUCUAAUCAGGAAGUUGGAGAGCAUUUGAAGAUGUGCAGCAUCUUUCUUUCAAUGAAACAAGAUAGAGUAUUACUAUUCUUUCCAUUCUCUGCUCAUUCUCUGGGAUACUAAAACUGUUUCUCUUCCCAGCAAGAUAAAUGGGGCCAAGGACAAAACUCCAACCUUCUCAGACAGUGAUGACUGUCUUCUGAAUGUUUUUGUUUCUUUUCUCACAUUAUCUGCCACAUGAUGAAGAAAUAUGCAUGGCCAUCACUAGUCAGACAUACCGGCAAAAUAUGAUGCAGAAAUUCAUUAGGAAUGAUUAGAAUCAGCAUAUUUCAUUUAAUCCCAAUGGUCUUUGGGGAAUCUUUGGGGAAUCCUGUCUGUAAUUCAUCUCUCCUCUGAGACUCUUUCCUCUUCUUGAAGCCAUUAUUACAACAGGAAUUCACUGUUUCAAAGUUGACUAAAGGAAUGAUAGCUAUGCUAGGAAAUUGACCCCAAAUACUUAUUUUUAUAGCCAUGGAAAAGUGGGUUUUAUAUUGACAAUAACUUUUCCAGUUCUUUCCAUAGAAAUCCUUCUUGACCUCUCUGCCUCUUGCUAUAUCUCCAGAUCCCACUUCUUGAUCUGGGAUUCCCUCUCUACCUUAUCCUCCUGUUAUAAAAGAAAAAUAUGCCCCUUAAACUGAAUUCUUAUUUAAACGGUUACUCAGAAAAAGAUCUGAGAAUAAUUUCUCAUUGGUUUUCUUGUUAUUCCUUAAUUUGGAAAGAAAGAGUUGAAAAAAAAUAGUAAGCAAGAAAGCAAACAUGGCCUUGUCCUCAGAUGCUUCAACUCAAGGUCAAGUGCCAGGAAACUGAGUGUGCUCAAGUGAGAGCCGAGGAUCUGCUAAAGGAGAGGGAUGUGCUCCAGAAUAUUAAGCAGCCACUGAGCAGGUACACAUGGGCUCUGGUCAAGAUGAUUUCUGUGUGCAUGAAGGCAUUAAUCUCUCACCCUAGCUCUCCUUCCUACAUCCCUCCCUUUUCGCUGUCAUUUCAAGGCACAAGAUCUAUGAUGGGGAAUGCUUUAGUUUAAACACACUGAUGAUGUUGCACUAUCCCCAGCUUUCCUUUGCCCUAGGCACAGGGAAAGCCAGUGCCUCUAAGUCUUUCAGCCAAUGAGUUGUUGCAUGUCAGUUCUGAGUUGUUUGUAGCACAUGCUGUUAAAAUGAGAGAAAACUAGAGUGGGAAAUAAAUUCAGUGACAAGUAGACCAGAGCAUGGUUUUGAAAUAAUGGUCUUCACCAAGGUAAGCCAAAUUCCAGAAGCAAAAGAAAAGAGUAAAGAGGGCCUGAUGGUUUAGAGGACAGAGAGGAUAAUGUUUAUUGUUCACGAUGUUCAUAAUGUCCAAGAUGCUCUGAUUAACCCCACUAAAAGUAUUGUCCAUCACUCCCACCCACCCACAAGCUCCAGUGGAAGGAGAAACCUGCUACCACUGACCACUCAGACAGAGGUGGAUUCACUAGAAACAGGCACAGGCUUUCUGGCAGGGAGCUACUAACAAGCAAUGCACCUUGGCUCUUCCAGAACUCAUCUUCAGACCUUAGGGCAGCUCCUCACUGACUAUCUCCAUUCUCCAGUCUAGAAUAUUCUGAGCAGAAGAGCCUCAUGCUCAUUGGGAUGGCAAUUACUCAAUUUGGGAAGCCAAAGGACGCAGAGAAGAGGAGAAUAUAUCAAGAGAAUGGAGUUAGCUUAAGCUUUUUUAUUUCUUCAUCUUCUUCAAUUUUAGUGUGGUUUGGCAUCACAAAGUUAGGUCACCUUUGAGAGAGAAAAUCUUUUAAAUAAAAUUGUAUCUUCCCAUCCCAGUGAAAACACCAAUUUUCACUUUCUAAUCUGAAAGUGAAAGUAAUCAGUUUUCUAAUCUGAUUACUGUUUACUCCAGGAAGGAAAUUGGUGGAUUCAAUUACAAACAGGCAUUUUGCAGAUUGCUUUAAUCCUGAUUCUUACACAUAUUAGCAUGAAAUUUAUUGACUCAGACAUGAUCCUUUAAGCUGUAAAACCUCAUUAAAGGGAAAUAGAUCAUGUGUUCUUAAUGAACUUGGUUAAAAGGAUGAAGUAAUGCUCCCACAAUUCAGUCUGUUCAUUCUACUCUAGCAGAAGGCAUUUGGGAAUUAGGCAACAGAGGAGGAACACCAAAGGGGGACAACAGAGACAGAGAAAUGGCUAAUGAGACUGGGGGUCAUUUUUUUAUUAUUAAAAAUAAUAAUAAACCCAAGGUCAAUUCUCAGAUCCAAAAUGAGCCCUGCCUGUGCCAUUUAAAUGUUUGCUGAAAUAACAGAUAUCCAGGGUUCAAAGUUUAAUAUUUUCUUGGAAGAGGGGUCUUGGUGAUUCUGUCUUAUUUUACUUUUUAUUGGAAAUUGUAUUUGGAAAACAUUUGUCUGCAGUUCUUGGGCAUGUCUGUCCUUGCAAGGUUGUUUAUUGAUUGGCAACCCUGUGCCAGGGUGGUCUAGGUGCUGGGAGUCAACACAACAGAGGCGGUGUCUCUUGAGGUUCAUGUGUCACUGAGAGGAAGUUUUUCAUGUGAGAGUAACUUUACGAUGCUUACCAAACAUCCAGGUGGAAAGCAGACUAGGCAACUGCAUACCCAAGCUUGAAGUUGAAGGCCCAGGGAGGGAUUUUUUUUAAUAGCCCAUUUUGUGAUGACCAGAAUGACCCAGUAGAGACAGGAAGCUGACGGUGCUUAGGAAGAGAAGAUGGUGACCAGAGUAUUGGCGAUGAUGAGUAAAAGGGGAUGGAAUCCACUGCACAAAUAGAAGGCUGGAUGUAGGAGCUGCUGGUGCUUGAUAACAGAGAGACUGCGGUAUGGGCACAGAUGCAAGGGGGUAGACAGGCCUGGGAACAUGUCUGCUCGAUUGGAACUAUUCCGUGAAAUACAAAGAGAAUUCAUCAGCUAAGAGUGGUAAUUCAAGACUGUUUCAAUGAUCGAGCCAGGCAGAGGAGAAGAACUCGUAUUCCCUGAUGUACUUCGUGCGAGAUUUGGUCACUAUAUGUGGUUUUUCAUGGAGGAGAGCUGGAAUGGUCUGAAAAUGGCACUGCUGAGCAAUUGCGCCACCUCUAGACUGGUGCUGUAACAAACGUGUGAC